CGCCCAACCUUUGUCUUGUCCACAUACUAAAUAUCGUUCUUUCGACGGAUCCUGCAACAAUCUAAAUCAACCUGGAAAAGGAAGUGCCAACAGCCGUUAUGGACGUCUAGUACCUCCAAUUUACAGUGACGGCGUUCAUGCACCAGCCACCUCCGCCUAUGGAAACGAGUUGCCAAAUCCUCGCGUGGUCAGCCUGCAAGUUUUUCCCGAUGGCGAUGAAAUGGACCCACUUUGGACCUUAGCCAACAUGCAAUGGGGUCAGAUCGUCACACAUGACAUGUCACUAUUGGCAGGCUCCACUCAGUCCAAACCGCACGCAACCCGUUGUUGUACGGACGAUGGUAAACUGAUCGAGAGAACCCGCGCGCACACCACUUGCCUCGCGAUCGUCAUCCCGCACGACGAUCCCGUCUACCGCCACACAAACCGCGAAUGCAUGAACUUCGUGCGGACCAUCACGGACCGUGACCGCGGCUGCCAGACCCAUCCAGCUUAUCCCGCUGAACAGUUGACUGUUGUGACAGCCUAUAUGGAUUUGUCUCUAGUUUAUGGUAAUACUAAACAACAAAACGACAUGCUCCGUGCUUGGGUUGGAGGACGAAUGGCCACCGAUGUUCGUGGAGGACGCGAAUGGCCUCCUGCUGCACCUAAUGCUACUGCUUCCUGCGACAUUCAGCAACCCGGUGAAGUCUGCUAUUUGGCUGGUGAUGUUCGUGUGAAUCAGAACACUCAGUUGACGAUCUUGCAAAUUAUUUUAUUACGUGAACACAAUCGAAUCGCCGAUGCCCUGGCGCAUAUGAAUCCUCAUUGGGACGACGAACGUGUAUUCCAGGAGGCUCGGCACAUCAACAUCGCUCAGGCCCAACACAUUAACUACUACGAAUGGUUACCAAUCAUGCUGGGUGUCGACAAUAUGGUGAAGAACCACUUGAUCUAUCAACAACCGUAUACAUUUAUCGAUGACUACGAUCCAGAAGUGGACCCGAGCGUAUUGAACGAGCACGCCACCGCUGCAUUCCGUUACUUCCACACGCAAAUCGCUGGACGAUUAGACUUGGUGUCAGAACACCGUAAUAGUUUCGGAGGUCUUCGGUUAAGCGAUUGGUUCAACAGACCCGUAAUCAUCGAGCAAGCUAAUAAUAUGGAUGACCUCACAAGAGGUCUGGCAACUCAACCUCAAGCACUCACUGACCAGAAAUUUGAUCCUGAGAUAAAACAUUACUUAUUCCGUGGAGCCAGUCCUUUCGGAAAUGAUUUGCGAGCUAUCGAUAUUCAAAGGAAUCGCGACCAUGGUUUGGGUUCAUAUAAUGAUUAUAGAGAAUUUUGUGGGCUCAAACGAGCUCAUACUUUUGAAGAAUUCCACACGCAUGAGAAUGCUAUCUCAAUGGAGAGAUUGUAUGAAUCUCCAGAUGAUGUCGAUUUAACAGUUGGUGGUUCUCUAGAAGCUCACGUUCCUGGUGCAAUUGCUGGUCCUACUUUCUUAUGCAUAUUGACUGAACAAUUCUUCAGAACGAGAGUUGGAGAUAGAUUCUUCUUUGAAGGACCUCACACUGGUUUCUCACAAGGACAACUAAACGAAAUUCGAAAAUCAUCAAUUUCUCGAUUAUUCUGUGAUAACGGGGACAAUGUGCGAACUAUACAGCCACAAGGUUUCAACCGCGUAUCAAAUCUGAACCCGCUACUCCCAUGUGAAAACAUACCCUUCGUAGACCUGUCAUUGUGGAAAGAGUACUAAAAUAUCAUAGCAGAAUUCAUUUUAAUUUAAUUUUCAAAUUUUUUGCCGUAAAUUUAUUUUUGAUGACAACGGUAAAACUAUUCUAAUUUCAUGCUAGAGGAUAAAAACUG